AUGGAUAUACCAAUAAUAAAAUUAUUAGUUGAAAAAGAUUCAAUAUCAAAGAAAUAUUAUUGCCCAGAUUGUGGCGAAUUAUUAAUAAAUAAUUUUAAUCCAGAAAAAUUCAAGGCAUUACAAUGUAAAAAUGGUCAUACCAAAUGUUUACAAUGUUGGGAACAACAUUUAAAACUUAGAAAAAAUUGUCUUCAAUGCAAAGUACCAGUAUCUUCAAUAAAAGAUUUAUCUUUAAAUCUUUAUAUUGCUCAAAAAAUAUCUGCUAAUAAAGUUUAUUGUAAAAAUAGAUAUUAUGAAACAAAAAAUUUUACAAUUGAUGAAGAGAAUGGAUGUAAAGAGAUAAUUAGAGUUGAUGAAUAUGAAAAACAUAUAAAGGAAUGUCCAUUGACUUAUACAGAUUGUAAAAAUUAUGAUGAUUUCAUUCGUGCAAAUCCACAAAUUGAUGAAAAACUAUUAAAGAGAUGUGGAAAGAUUAAUAAGAGUUUAUUGGAUGAACAUGAUGAACAAUGUUUAUAUCAAACUAUAACAUGUGAGCAUUGUAAUGAAUUAAUCAAUAGAAUCGACCACGAAAUUCAUUUAUCGGAAUGGUGUAGUGAUAUACCAAUAAAAUGUGAAGAUUGCAAACAUGUAUUCAAGAAAAAGUAUAUACAAGAACAUAAGGAAUCAAAUUGUCCAGAAUCAGUAAUUGAUUGUGUCUAUGUUGCUGGUGGUUGUCAAAAGAAAUUAAAAAGAUACAAUAUGUCCAAACAUUUGGUUACAGCGAAUCAUCAUUCUCAAUAUAUGUCGAAAAUAAUCGAAGAACAGAAUCAAGAUAUCAAAGAGUUACAUAAUUUCAUCGAGAAUCAUUUAUCAAAGAAAUUCAUUGAUUUAGAUACAAUCGUAAACAUUCAAAAAUAUUUAAUAAAGAAUAAAAAUCAAAAGAUAUCACAAUUAACUGAAAUCAUUAAAAGAGUUGAUAAUUCUUUCAUUGGUUUACAUGAAUUUGAUGAAUUGGAGGAUUAUAUUUCAAAUACAAUUGAUAUCAUUUCAAAUUUUGAUAAUUAUAAAAAUAGUAAUAGUAAUAAUAAUAAUAAUAAUAAAAAUACAAAUGAAAAUGAAAAUACAAAUGAAAAUACAAACGAAAAUGAAAAUAUUGAUAUUGUUGGCAAUAGUGAUAAUGAAAAUAAUAUUAAUGAAAAUAAAGCAGAAAAUAAUAUAAACAGUUUUAUAAAAGAACAAAUAGAACUUAUUAAAAUAAAAUCUCAACAAUUUGAUAUAAAUAGUGUUAUAGAGGAGAUUAGAAAAAAUUAUAACGUAGAACCAUAUCAGGUGAAUGGAGAUAAUGCAAUGAUAACAUCACCAAAUAAAACUGAUGUUGAUAACUUGGUUUUUGAUGAUGAUGAGGAUGAUUUCGAUUUAGAAGAACCACAAAUCGUUGGUGAAUUUAUAUUUAAUAAAUCACAAGAAACAAUUGCAAUUCCAACUUUAAUACGACAACAACAACAACAACAACAACAACAACAACAACAACAACAACAACAACAACAACAACCACCACCAACACCACUACCACCACAAAAUACAACUAUUACUAAUGAUAUUCAAAUGGAAAAUAUUAAUGAAAAUAUUAAUAAUAAUAUUAAUGAAAAUAAUAAUAAUAAUAAUAAAAAUAAUGAUGAUGAUAAUAUUACUGCCGCCACUGCAACCAAUAACUCAAAUACUACUAGUACCCAUACCAUAUUAAAUGGUACUAAUAAUGAAGCAUCAAUGACUGAUAUAAAUGAAACAACAUCCACAACUACAACAGCGGAAACAACAGAAGCAACUGCAUCAGAAUCCACAGAAGAAUCCAAUAAUACAGCGGAAACAACAACAACAACUACAACAACAACUACAACAAUAACUACAGCAGCAGAAACAGUAAAUUCAACAGAAACUAUAACCCUUAGGACAUCAGAAAAAGUUGAAGAAAAAGGAAAAGAUGGUUUAGAAACAACAGAAUCAUUUUCAAUCCUAAAUUCAACAGAAAAUUCAACAAUAAGCUCACUAAAAGUUUUAUCUAACUCUAUGAUAGAGCCAGAAAUUACUACUGAUAAAGAAAAUGAAACAAAUAUAAAAGAAUCAAUUGAAACAAAAAUAAUUGAAUCAAUAGUUGAGUCUUCUAGCCCAACUAAAUCAUUAUUAAAACAAGGAAAAGAACAAGAACAAAAAAAUCAAAAUGGAAAUGGAAAUGAAAAUGAAAAUGAAAAUGAAAAUGAAAAUGAAAAUGAAAAUGAAAAUGAAAAUGAAAAUGAAAAUGCAAAUGCAAAUGUAAAUGAAAAAGAAAAUGAAAAAGAAAAUAGUAAUAUAAACACUUCAAAUGAUACAGAACCAACUAAUGACAUUUUAGAAGAUAUUAAAAAAAAUAAAGAAAAUGAAGAUAGUAAUGAAAGUGAAGAUAACAAAAACAACAACAUUAAAAGUGUAGAAGAUACAAAUAAUAAUAAUAAUAAUAAUAAUAAUAAUAAUAAUAAUAAUAAUAAUAAUAAUAAUAAUAAUAAUAAUAAUAAUAAUAAUAAUAAUAAUAAUGAAAAUGUAUAUGAUAUCAAAAAGGAUAGAAAUAGAGAAAAUGUUGAAGAUAGUAAUGACAAUAAUAGUAAAAAUGAAAAUGGUAAAAUCAAUGAUAAUGGUGAUGUUAAAAUGGGAAGUGAAGAUAAAGUAAAUGAUGAUGAUGAUAAAAUGGCUAUGGUUGAUAGAAGUAAUACAAUUUUUAGGAACCAAAUUUUAUUUAAAGAUUUUACAAAGUUAAAUGCUAGACAUGGUGUUGGUGUAUCAAUCAAACACAAUCAUACUAUAGGUAAAUAUAAAUUCUAUUCAGAGUUGUUUAUAAAUGGUGAAACUGAAAAUGAGAAGGAUUAUUUAUCAUUUUACUUAAACAAAUGUAAGAAAGAGAAUGAAUCAAUCAUAAUUUCAUUUGGUAUUGAAUUAUUAAAUGUUGAUCCAAAAAAGAGUAUUAGAGUUUAUUGGGAUAAUGAAUUAUUAAAUAACAGUAGUCAAGUGAUGUAUAACUAUGGUUAUGGUGAAACAACUGUCAUUAAAAAAUCAAUUUUAGAAGAUCCUAAUAAUGGUUUCUUGGUUGACAAUUGCUUUAUCGUCAAUCUUGAAGUUUACAAAAUUAUUGAUGUUCCCCAUCCACCUCCUGCUCAUUUACUCCAAAAAUCAUCCCCUCCAGCAGCAACAACAACCACCACAACAUCCUCUUCUUCUUCUAAAACAACACCAAAAACAAAAAGGUAA